AUGCGGGUGCGAGUUACAGAGGAGAAGGACUUGGUCAUUAUCGGAGGUGGCGUCGCUGGAUACGUCGCCGCUAUCAAGGCUGGCCAGGAGGGCAUGAAGGUGGCCUGUAUUGAGAAGCGCGGCACGCUCGGCGGCACUUGCCUCAAUGUCGGCUGCAUCCCCUCAAAGUCUCUGCUCAACAACUCCCACUUGUACCACCAGAUCCUUCAUGACACCAAGAACCGCGGAAUCGAGGUUGGAGACGUCAAGCUGAACCUCGCCAAUUUCAUGAAGGCCAAGGAGACUUCUGUCAAUGGCCUGACGAAGGGUGUUGAGUUUCUUCUCAAGAAGAAUGGCGUCGAGUACAUCAAGGGCGAGGGCUCCUUCGUCAACGAGAACGACAUCAAGGUGGCCCUCAACGAUGGAGGCGAGACGACGGUCCGCGGCAAGAACAUCCUAAUCGCCACUGGCUCCGAAGCCACUCCUUUCCCCGGCCUCGAGAUUGAUGAGAAGCGUGUCGUCACCAGCACCGGUGCUAUUGCGCUGGAGAAGAUCCCGGAGACCAUGGUUGUCAUUGGCGGCGGCAUUAUCGGUCUUGAGAUGGCGUCAGUUUGGUCGCGGCUGGGUACCAAGGUGACGGUCGUCGAGUUCCUUGGCCAAAUUGGAGGCCCUGGCAUGGAUACGGAGAUCGCCAAGUCCACCCAGAAGCUCCUGAAGAAGCAGGGCCUGGAUUUCAAGCUCAACACCAAGGUCAUCAGCGGAGACAAGUCCGGCGACAAGGUGAAGCUGGAAGUAGACGCUGCCAAGGGCGGCAAGCCUGAGACUCUCGACGCCGAUGUCGUCCUUGUUGCCAUCGGCCGACGCCCUUACACCGGGGGCCUUGGCCUCGAGAACAUUGGCAUGGAACUGGACGAGCGCGGCCGUGUCAUCAUCGACUCCGAAUACCGAACCAAGAUCCCUCACAUCCGUUGCGUUGGCGACGCUACCUUUGGCCCCAUGCUCGCCCACAAGGCCGAGGAGGAGGCCGUGGCGGUGGUCGAAUACAUCAAGAAGGGCUUCGGUCACGUUAACUAUGGCUGCAUCCCGUCUGUCAUGUACACCUACCCCGAGGUGGCGUGGGUCGGCCAGAGCGAGCAGGAUCUCAAGAACCAGAAGAUCCCCUACCGAGUGGGGACGUUCCCGUUCAGCGCCAACUCGCGCGCCAAGACCAACCUGGACACGGAUGGCUUCGUCAAGAUGCUGGCCGACCCCGAGACGGACCGGCUGCUCGGCGUCCACAUCAUUGGACCCAAUGCCGGUGAGAUGAUUGCCGAGGGCACGCUGGCUCUCGAGUACGGCGCCUCCACCGAGGACAUCGCGCGGACGUGCCACGCUCACCCGACAUUGGCCGAGGCGUUCAAGGAGGCGGCCAUGGCGACCAACGCCAAGGCCAUCCACUUCUAA